CCACAACGGGGUCAUUGCCGUCUUCCAGCGCAAGGGGCUGCCGGACCAGGAGCUUUUCGGCCUCAACGAAGGCGUCCGGCAGCUGCUGAAGACGGAGCUGGGGUCCUUCUUCACGGAGUACCUGCAGAACCAGCUGCUGACGAAAGGCAUGGUGAUCCUGAGGGAUAAGAUCCGCUUCUAUGAGGGACAGAAGCUGCUGGACUCACUGGCAGAGACGUGGGACUUCUUCUUCAGCGACGUGCUGCCCACACUGCAGGCUAUUUUCUACCCCGUGCAGGGCAAGGAGCCGUCGGUCCGCCAGCUGGCCCUGCUGCACUUCCGGGACACCAUCACCCUCAGCGUGAAGCUGGAGGACGCGCUGACCCGCACCCACGCCCGCGUGCCUGCCGCCAUCGUGCAGAUGCUGCUGAUCCUGCAGGGCGUGCAUGAGUCCCGGGCCGUGACCAAGGACUACCUGCGCCUGGAGAUGCUGAUCCAGAAGGUGGUGUCACCCUACCUGGGCACCUACGGCCUCUGCUCCAGUGAGGGCCCCUUCACACACUCCUGCGUCCUGGAGCAGCACCUGCUGCGCCGCUCCCGCUCGGGGGACCCCCCCGAGCCCGGCCCGGGCCUGGCCCACGGCUCCCCGCCGUCCUCCAGCCCCGAGAACCUGGUGGACCACAUCCUGGAGUCCGCGGACUCGGACUCCGAGGGCAUCUUCAUUGACUUCGGCCGACGCGGCGGCUCCGGCGCCUCGCAGUUUGAGGGGCCCGGGGGCCGGCAGAGCAUCGUGUGAGGGCCCCGCGUUCCCGCCGAGCCCGCGAGUGCGCCUGCGUGGUGCGCGCGUGUGAGUUUUUUACGCUGCCCAGUCCAGUCCCGGCUCAGCCCUGGCCACUUGGGCGUUGCUCUCUCCAUUGGAAAAACCAUGGACGCCCCGGCCUCAGCACCACUCCGUUCUGGGGCGCCUGCAUCGGCGGCUCCGCCUGCCUCGCACAGAUGGCCAGGCGCACCGGUCAACCUCAUGUGCGUGGGGCGGGCACCAGCGCCCGCCCACGCCCACACCCAUAGAGACUGUGACUCCAGUGGCACAGCCAGGCCCCCAGAAUGACCCCCACAGCAACGGGGGUGGGUAGCAGACCCAUCCAUCCCCCUCCCCAUGUACCUCAGGCCACAGCAUGACCUGCAGGUGACUGUCCCAGACCCCCGAGCAGCCUGCUCUCACUGCCGGGGUGACCGUGGACAGGGAGAGGGUGGAAUGUGGAAUAAAACUUGCCUACCCGC